CGCUCCCAGCCGUUGGCGCUGCCAUGUCGGGCCCCGGGCCGCGGGAGCCGCCGCAGGCGGGCGGGCCGGAGGGCCCCGAGGGCACGGACGCGGCGCUGGACGAGGCGGGGCUGAGCUUCACGACGGCCGACCUGAGCCUGGUGGAGAUGACGGAGAUGGAGUACACGCAGCUGCAGCACAUCCUCUACUCGCACAUGGAGGCGGAGGCGGCAGCGGAGGCGGCGGCGGCCGACGGCGAGCUCGAGACGCGCCUCAGCUCGGCCUUCCUGGCGGCGGCGGCGCCGGGGGACUUCGCGGCGGCGGCAGCGGGGGGCGCGCCACCCGUGUACCCCGUGCUGUGCCCCCCCGCGCUGGCCGACGGCGGCUUCGCGGGCACCAGCCCGUGCCUGGGCGCCGUCGACGUGCAGGAGCUGCACAGCAUGCUGCUGAGUGAGGCGGGCGCGGCCCCCGCCGCGGAGCGGACGCCGGGCGCUAACGGCCCGGGCCCCGGCGCGCCCCGGCCCCGGGCGCCCGAGGGCGCUGGCAAGGAGAACGCGGAGGGCGCGCCCGAGGCGCGGGCCAAGCCGGCCGUGCGCGACUGCCUGGAGGACCGCUUCAACAGCAUCCCCGCCGAGCCCCCGCCCGGCCCGCGCGGCGCGGCGCCCCCGGAACCCGGCGUGGCGCUCAGCAAUUUGGUAACUCUUAUUGGCCAUCCAUCCGAGUUAAUGAAUGUGCCUCUUCAUCAGCAGCAAAACAAAUGUACAACAUUAGGGAAAAACAAAACUGCUGCUGCAACAACCGCUUUGCAGUUUACAUACCCUCUGUUCACUACCAGUGCUUGCUCUACUAGUGGAAGUUCUCAUCUUUCCCAAACACAGAGUUCUAGUAACUCAUGUUCUAUACUCGAAGCUGCCAAGCAUCAGGAUAUUGGAUUGCCGAGAGCAUUUUCUUUCUGUUAUCAGCAAGAAACUGAAUCCACUAAACAGACUUUGGGUGGUAGAAACAAAGCUUUGCCGGAGCAGGUUUGGAUUAAAGUCGGGGAAGAAGCGCUAUGUAAACAAGCAAUAAAUAAGAGGAAUCGGAGUAGGAUAUGUCAGUUGGACACGCACAUAGAGCGAAGAGCCCUUGGAGAGAUUCAGAACGUGGGCGAAGCCUCCACAGCGGCGCAGGGUGCUUGGCCGUCGGCGGAGCUGUCCCAGGCCACCCUCGGGGAGCAGAUGCAGAGCGGGCCCCAGGGAGGCAGGUCCCAGCCCAGGGAGAGGCACAACCACAUGGAGAGAGAUAGAAGGCGCAGAAUCCGCAUCUCUUGUGACGAGUUGAAUCUUUUAGUCCCGUUCUGCAACGCCGAGACCGAUAAGGCAACGACCCUGCGGUGGACCACGGCCUUCCUGAAGUAUAUUCAGGAGAGACAUGGAGAUUCUCUUAAAAAGGAAUUCGAGAGUGUAUUUUGCAGUAAAACUGGCAGAAGGCUAAAGCUGACCACACCAGACUCCGUGGUGACGUGUCCCACACAGGAGAGUCUACAGAGUAGCCUGGCUACGGAGAUCGAGUGACUGAACGUGAACACGGAUUCCUGGGAAGUAAACGGCCGUUCCUUCGUGACCCAUGAACAUUUCCUAGGACCCUGGGACUCUGCUCUGAUAGUCUAAUUCUAAAGGGACAUGACUUAGCUGAUGGGACUCUGGGGGGACUUUGAAAGCACAUUUUGUAAAAAUAUUUAUCUGAAACAAAAUACUUACCCAUUAAUGUCCUCUUAGACCAUUUGGGGAUGAAGAUAUCUUGACAACUGUAAGUACUUUUUCAAUUAUCUGUCUGAUUCCAUCAUGUUUUCUUAACAUGAUAACUUAAAGAGAAUUAACAUCCUUUGUAAUCUCUUUAGUCUUAAAAGGUACAUUGCUUUUUACUUAUUUUAUUUACAUUUUAAAUAUGCCCCCUUAGCAACUAGAACAAGUUAAAUUGUUCUUAACUAUAAGUAGUUUGGAAAUUUUCUUUCAUUUGUUUAUCGCUUCCCCUUGUGACGACUUCUAGCUGCAUAGAAUUGUAUUGCAGGAUGCAGUCCUGUUUUAAACCUUUUUGCUAGAGAUUUUCCAGAGAUCGCCUUUAAAGGUGCUUUUGUCCACAGCUGAAAUACUGUCACAGUGGAUUGCUUCAAUGCCCUCAUUUUCAUAUUGAGAGUCAUUACUUUCUGUGUAAUAAACUGUAGUGUUUGGAACUGAAAAAAAAAAUGAAUGAUGUACACUUGGGGGAGGAGGAUGCUUUCAGACAAGCACCACAGCCCAGACCCACACAUUGAGCAGCAUUCCCUUCUGUCCGUGAACAGGUGCAAGCAAUGUUCUCUGUGGUCAUGUGACCUCCACUUCCAACCAUACCCCACUAGCCAUUAACUUAGUGGAUGUGACCAGGAAUCCCAUGCAGGCUUCUUCAGGAACCUGGGUGUACUGAAGCUGUCCCAGGAAGAUGAGGUGACACACACGUUGCAUCUAAUACAGCCCCAUCUUGGAGGGUGGUUGGACACUUUUUCUCAGUACCUCUUAGACACCAGUAAUUCAUGGUUUACUUCUUUUGUGGAUAUACUACUUUCACUAUAAAAUGGAUGUUUCUUGGGCAAUAUUUAUAUUGUUUGAAUUCUCAUGUGUAUCACGUCACAUUCUC